UGGCACAUAAUCUAUAUAAAAAAAACGAAAUAAAAUCGAACGAGAAAAUUAUGAAGACAAAAAUAACUGUUGAUCCAUGGACAAGAAAAUAAAGAAAUAUGGUGAUGUUGUAUAAAAAGAAUUUUUUUCGUAAAAAAUACAAAACAUAAAAAAAUCGUAUAAAGAUUAUAAAAAUCAAGGAAAAUACAGAUAAUUCAAUAAGAAGGAUAGAUGUCGCUUUAAGAAUAUACAGUUGGAAGUUAAUCCAGUGUGUUGGUCCAAUCUAUGUGAACCAUGAGUACUAACAAGAAAAAAACCCGAACAGCGAGCGGGGAUGGACCCGCAGGUAAAAAGAAGGACAAACAUGAAAAAGAUCUGAAGGAAAAAGGGACCAAAUCUUCGAACCUAGAUGCCUAUUCGAGAGUGAUGUCAGAUCGAGAGGGUAAAAACAAAGUCGAAGCAUCGAAAUCAAGGAUGGCCAAAGAAGAGCCCCCGCCAGUUUCGGAGAUAGAGAUUGUGAACACACCGUCUCAGAUUGCUAGGCACGAUGCAGAGCUCCGAGCAAUACGUAGGAAACAACGCUUCAAACGUCGCUGGCCGGAGGUCACCAAGGUGAUAUUCAAGACUAAACCCUGGCAUCCACCUCCACCACCUCAAAAACCACCUCCAGUGGUGAUAGAACGUCCUGAUUUCCUCACUCGUACCUGGGUACCGCCUUAUGCGAGGAGAAGGCGGCCCAGAGCCAAGUUGCUGAGGAUACCACCAGAGCAAGUCACACAGCCGUUGCCUUUAGCACCUUCCAAGUUGAGAAAGAUCUGGCACAACUUCAGCCAGGUGGACAAGAACAAGAUGAUAUUACAGGGACGGCUCGGAUGCAACUCCAAGAAGUACUCUUCAACUCAUUGUGGUGCCCAAACUGGAUGCAUAGCAGUGGCCUGUCGCGCCCUCCUGGAUGAGAAGACUCCAGCAGAGUUUGUGAGGAGCGAUGUGGAUGAACUCAUUGAAGCUGGUGAUAGAUAUUACAAGCAGUGCAUGAUUGCACUCAAGUGUUAUAAAGGCAAACCAGCUCUUCAGUUAAACCAGCUCCUGACGUCAUUCUACCUCCACGACACCAAGUAUACAGUCAAACUACUGGAGAUGGACAAGGGUCUUCUGGCGAAGCACCCUGACAAUAUACAAGCUGAUCAAGAUUUUAUGGCCUUGAUGGAAAAGAAAGUAGGUACCCAGUACAUGCUGAUCCUGUCCAUCGGUGGUGACCGUCACUUCUUGAUCUGGGGCCACCCGCCAGACCCUGAAGUUGGCAGCCAAGCGAAGACCAUCUGCUAUAUCUUCGAUCCUCACAUGCUGAACGAUUUGGGACAAGUGGAUAAGCUGUCUGGAGCUGGCGCCUUCCUUCGAUACGCAGGCAUCACAUCCUUCGUCCUAGAUUUCUUGUCUAACUAUGGCGAUUUGGAUGCUGCGAAAAAGGGAAACCCGAAGCCACCCAUCACCCUCACCAGUGUUGAGGUCGUUCAACGAGAACCAUUGAUUCGGGAGCCGACGUACGAGUUGGACCUCAAAGCCCUGAAGGCGCACUGCCGGAGUGAAUGGGACAGCCUGAACAUCAACGCGCUCAUUGAGAAGAAGAGAGAGGGUCAGUAUCCGCUUGCAUCGCUCAGUGCAGUCAGUUUGGCCACGUCCAGGGCGACGCCGCGGAGGAAAAUCAGGGAAUUCUAUCAGAAGAUGCCUAAAGAUCCUCCUCCUAUCUUGCCCAUGAAUCCGGACAGAGCCCCUCAGAACCCCACCAACGAGCAGAUUAUGUCACUCCGAGGUGAGAACUUCUUCCUCUACUCCCCCAGGCUGGAUGGACAUACCUUCGGAAGGGAUGACAUGAUACCACUACCAAAGUCGGAGACAGUUCUCCACAGCCCUGUGGAGAUAGCUGACCAGAAUUAUCACUCGCAGUACGUUCAGCUCGAUGUGGAGAAGUGGAUCCUCAGGGGAACCAGGCAUAUGGCCAGUCAUAGGUACCAGGUCUUCAAGACGUUUACUGGCAUAGCAUGCUGUGUGGCAGCAUUGGGCAUGCUGAGACGGUACCGCGCCAGGGCGUGGAACGAAGACAUGUUCGAUGAAACGCUCGAUAUUGGGUUUAAUAUGUUUAGGGAGUCGCUGGUAGAACGAGGUGGUCCCAUCCGAAGGUUGGUACUUGGAGAGCUGAAGGAUACCUUCAGGAUCCGAGAUCGGGAGUAUAAGCAUAAGAUUCGAGGUAUCGCCGUCUGGGGCAAGUUGUUAUCCAAUAACCCGAAAGUAUUUGAUCUCUGUAGAGGGCUCGAACACUUCUUCAAGGAGUCUGACUCGGGGGUCUUACAAGUUCCUGGAGAAUACGAGACGGCGAUCUGGUUCGAGGGUGGCAAGUAUUACCUGUACCACCCGUGGCCAGCUGACAGAUAUGGCACUAGGGUGGGGCUUCAAGACGGAGGCAAAGGCUGCGUGAUGUACUUCCCGAGGGUGUCUCGUCUCUGCGAGCACUUCAUGGACAACGUGGCCAACAUGAAGCGGAAACCGUUCAGCAUCAGCGACGUCGCUGUCACCCAGCAGAGCGUUGACAUGCCUGAGCCUGUCAAUAAGAUGAAGCCGGUGGCUCCAGGUCGUUGGAUAGUCCGCGGCAGUUUCCACGAGGCUGACGCUCGGUUCCCUGAGGAGCACCGCGGUAGACAGGCCACACCUGUCUCCAUCGCAGCCCUCGCCAUGACGCAAGUUGUAGAUCCUGCUGACUGGACCUCUGAUGAUGUUGAUGAGACCCUCGUGCGCGGAGAUAUCUUAUACCAAAGCACGAUGGAACAUCUUGAGAAGAUGGGCAUCAGCUUGGACUCUCCGAAGUCCUUCGAGGAAGGUGGCCCUGAGGAGGAAGACGCUGGGUCUGGCGAAGCCUCCUCUGGUGGUACCUUGGCCGCAGCUGAUGUCCUGAACAGAUUCAAAGUAUCAGAAUACGACUGCAUAGAGACCGAAGUUAUGGACAGUGCGUUCAAUGGUACUCUAAACCCUGACGCCGGAGCCGGUGCACCAGUUCUGAAGGACGUGCUGAAGCAGUUCUUCAAGGAGCACACGCACGGAGUGUUCACGGCGCGAGGCGGUUCCACGGCUAUAUGGAAGCACGAUGGACACUUCUACUUCUUCGAUCCUCAUGGGUGCGAUGAGAAUGGUCUACCAUCAGAGGAGCCCCGUGCCACAGCCUGCCUCGUCCGUAUAAAAGGCAAGGAGAGUGAACUAGCCGACGUGCUGCUGAGCAACCUCGCGCCAGGCAGCGACGACAGCUUCAACAUAUCGCCUGUCGCCAUCACUGCAACUAAACUCAAUAUGGAGAUCGGAGCUCCGGAGACUAAGCUAGAAAGCAAGGCCUUUGAAUGGAUCAACAAGGGGACGGCCGCCAUCAUGAUGGGACCUCGAGGUGAGAACGCAGCCAUCGGCAAAGCGGCUGAGAAAGCCGGCAUCAAUGCCGAUGAUAUGGCUGGAAGGACGAUCGGCCUGCCUGCUGCAGCUGCCUUCGCGGCUGCCACCGAGUCUGUGCCUCCACCUCACAUGCACCAAGACCAUAUGUUUAAUUUCCUCGACGCCGGAGCAGACUACUAUCUGAACCACAUAAAGAAGACCGGUCGCAACACUAUCGAGCCGGAAGAUCUGACUGAGAAGUUUGAGAUGGGCGCCAACACUUUCUCCAUAGAGCUCGGUGAGGCUGUGAGACUGCCGCUGCGAUUGCCGGACGAGACGCCAGGAGAAGGCGAAGGUGGUGGCGGCGGCAAAGAAGGCUUAGGAGAAGGAGAAGAAGAAGAGAAAGAAGAGAUGAAACACAUGAAGGAUCUGCUCUUCAAAAUGUGGUAUGACACCACGAAACCCACGACCAUAUCGUUGCUCGUUGGCGACUACCACCAGCUCGGGCUGUGGAUGGCAGCCGGUGGUAAAGUGGUGGCCUUCGACCCUGCACCUACACUGGUCAAAGGGCUGCUGACCACACAGAGGAUUAAGAAAGGUGAUGAGCUGAGGCUGCAGCGACUGAAGGAUGAGAUGACUGGCGAGAGCGCUGGCGACGCAGGAGAGGAAGACGAUGAAGAAGCCGGCGGUGAGGGUGAAGAGAAACCAGAGCCAGAGCCAGAAGCGGUGCCGCCGGAGUCAUGUCCAGUGCUCAUUGUGGCCGCCAGUCCUGGAGAGUUUAUCGAUAAGCUCACUCGUCAAGGAGGUCUGGACCCGAAGCAGUGUAUAGCACCAUACAAGCUGUACCCGGUGAAAGUCAUCAAUGAGCUGACUACAGUCCUGCGCGAAAAGAGGGGAGGACCUCCCAAGGAGAAGGCAGAAGGCGAAGAGGAAGGUGGAGCGGCAGAAGAAGUGCUGGUUCCUGCACUGGAAGACGCUGCGAUGGGCAAGUACAUGGAUCGUCUGUCUCGGUCCACUGCAUCAGUCAGAGCCAGGCUGGCACAGAACGAGAACUACUUCAUGGAUCAGCCUAACAGGGACAACCAGGACGCAGCGAAUGCAGUGAUGGGUAUUGUGGUACACCACAUAGAGCCCUAUACGUUCUGGAAACCAGAGCUCUUGGAUGCUGUAUUGAAGUAUGGAGACAGGCUGUACACCAUGUCCAUAGGGAACGCAUCAUCACCACCUCAGCUGAAGCCCAAAGAAAUGGUGUCGGAAUUCCAUGUCACCAAUUUCAAUGUGAAAUUGGAGAUAGAAGGUGAUGUGAUCGGAGGCGACAUCAAGGCGGGCGAGACGGGCAGUGUGAACAGUCUGAAGAAAGCUAUCACCAGUUUCUUUACAUCGCAAAAAUACGGUGUUCUAUGCGCGAAAGGUUACUGCGUCGGUAUAUGGAAGGGAGCUGAUGACAAAUCCUUCGUUAUGCUGGAGCCUCACGCCGUGGGUCCUGCUGGGAAGACAUCGCCAGCUGGAGCAGCGACCCUGGUGGUCUACUCCAACGUCGAUGAACUGGCAGACACCUUCAGAGCCAACGUUGAAGGUCACAUGAGACCUGGAGAUAACAAGUUCUCGAUAUCAUCAGUAAAAGUAUUCUGGGAGUUUUCGAAGCUGGCGAGUCCUGUCACUCCUCAAGGAGCCGUGCCUGAUGAGGGAUACGAGUGGAAGGUCCUCACUGCUUAUGUGGAGACGGCCAGAGGGAGGACCAUAUUGAGAGGGACCAGACCUCCUGAUCUCAUGAAGUUCACAAGAGAUGCGCUGCUUCAAUCAGCGUGUGCGGCCAUAGUUGGCGCGGCCAUGUCUCACGUCCGACGUCCCCACCUUUGGACCAGGAAGACAGUGGACGAAGUCAUCUCCGUGGUGCCGCUCUUCACGGCGUCUCUCGGAUCCCUUGGCUAUGAGUUCCGACCUGGUGAAGAUGUUUUGUUACCAUUGCAGGUACUAAAACGAUUCGUCCUUGGAGUGAACUACGUCCGCUACGACCUCGAGGAAGUGUUCUCAGGGAAGUUGGAACAGAAGGAACCGACACAAAUGACUGUCAGAUGUGCUCUGGAGCGCUUCUUCGAGUCCCAUACCCAUGGAAUACUAUGGUCAGUGCCCCAUGCAGUAUGUGUGUGGAGGGUGGCUGGAGCCCCGGCGUUCUACAUGUUCGAGCCCCAUGCCUGUGGACCGACCGGACUGCGAGUCGACGCCAUGGAUGACGGUGCUGCCUGCGUUCUCACUUUCACAUCUCCGAAGUUGAUGGCUUUUGCGUAUCUUCAAAAUGUACCGGUGGUCGAACGGCCCAAGCAUGAUUUCCAACUGUAUGCCAUGUCGAUCACUGUGCAGCCGAUUAAGAAACUGGGAGGAGUCGAGCCUCCCAUAGUGAGGGCCCCGCCGGGAGUCAAACUUGUGCCUGCUACUAGUAAAGUGGGUAUAGAUGGCAGCAAGCGUAGGGCCGAGGAGAAGGAUCGCAAGCAUCCGCCAGGGAGCGCCACUUGCAUGGAUGCUCAGCGCGCCGCGGAGAAGGCAGACAAGGAACAAACCAAGCUGAAAGGUCAGCGAAACACCAGCGGCUGGCUAGUUCUCAAUGAUGGUACUCAAUUCAUGUCUGCCAUGCACUCGAUUGCCUGCAGGAAGUUCUCUUGCGCUUCUAGAGGAUGCCAGGCUUUAGCAUGCUCAGUAAUGGCAGUGGCCAUGUCCCGAGUCGAGGACGUGUGCCGCUGGUGCUCCUCCACCCUCGACCAGAUCCUGGAGAGCGGAGACCAGCUCUACCAGGACAGCUACCUACACUUCCAUCCAGAAACUAAGAUCUUAAACAUUGAACAGAUUCUUCGUAAGUUCUAUACUCCUGGGAAUUGUGUGUGUCGUGUGGUUGUCUACAAGUCCAGACACAGAGGCGUCGUCGAUGUCAACCUGGUUGAGCAGAUAGGAGAAUUCUUCAGAGAAGAGAGAGCGGGCGUCUUCGUCGCCGGUAAGGGAGACUUUGCCGUGGCGCUGUUCAGGACGCCGCGCGGGUAUUACAUGUUUGAUCCGUCUGACCGAGACCGCUACGGGCGCGCAGUGGCGCCCCCUUGCAUCGGCCGAGCUAGAGCCUGCUUCUCACAGUAUCCUAACGUACAAUGCCUUGCUGAGAAGCUCGGUCCAAACAUCCCGCCCACGGUUGAAGUUGAGAAUUUGGAAGAAACACCAAGAAGAAUUAGUAAGCAAUUGGAACCUGUAAGUGAAGAUGAAAAGGAGGUGAAAUUCACGGAACCAACGUCGUUUUCGAUUUACGGUAUGGAUGUAACCAGUUUACGUAGACUGAAUCAACACGAGCGAUAGAGCGACAACUAGGCGCUGCCCUACGGUCAGAUUCAAUACCUGUAUUCUAUAAUAUAAAACUAAGUCAGGUUUUCCUUCCUGACGCUAUAACUUCAGAACGCACGAACCGAUUUCCACGGUUUUGCAUUCGUUGGAAACGUCUGGAGUCCGUGAGGUUUAUAGCAAAGAAAAUUUUGGAAAAUGGAAAUUUUGACAUAAGCUCUUAUACAUAAUGCAUCAACAUUCCGUUUCUAGUAAGAAAAUCUAUGUAUAUAAAUAGGUAUAGGUUAUUGAAAACGGCCGUAAAUUGCGAAUAGGUAUAAAACACCCGAAAAAUGGUGUCACGUCACCACUACGCAAAGCGGCUUCGUACCGCGUCGUAGUCCUGGCGUUCCCAACCGAAUUGUUUUGUUAUUGUCGUUUUCACACUAGCUCUUAACUACGAAAGUCUAACGUAAACUGGAAUACAAUCAUACGCUGUAUCGGAACUACGCCGUUCUGAAUUGUGCUAAUAGUACGCCGAUUUGAAAUGUUCUCUUGCAAUACUCAGAUAUGAAUAUCUACUGCAUGAAAAACAAGAUUAUGGCUAUAAUUAUUUUUUUGUAACUUUUCUAGUUUGUAAGUGAUUUUGUUUGUUAAGGACGCGUGUGAAAGGGACAAGUAUAAUAUAAAUUGUGAGUGUAUUGUUCUAGUCCCGCCACACUUCAUAAGAACGCUUUUUUAAUAAAAUAAGUUUUUAAAA